CUGUCGCUGUUGCAUCUUGUACCACACUAGCAGGAGCCUAUAUAUAUGUAUAUUUUUGAGUAAAAAAAUUUAUUUUACCUUUUUUUGUCGUUCUUUCCUUUUAUACAGGUCAACAGCCUUUAAUGCCUUUUCUUUCGCAGUUUCGUGCUGCCAUUCGCCGGUCGUCGGCUGAUGACGCAGCCGCUGACUCAUACGUCGAGGAAAAGAAAAAGGACCUAGAUGCCGAAAGCGUCGUAGCAAGCAACGGAAAUGGUGAAUCACAUCCAGAACGUCCCAGCGAAGAUGUCCAGCGCGGUGUUAGAGAUGUUGAGGCAGUGACCUUGACCUGGUCGAAGCCGAUGUUGAUUGCUGUCUUUUUAAACAUUUGGUUACUUUAUUUCGUCAACGCGUUCCAGUCCUCAAUCCUUUAUAACUUGCUUCCUUAUGUCACCAGUGAGUUCUCGGCUCACUCGCUACUGAACGUCAUCUACAUUGUUGCGAAUGCCAUAUCAGCCGCAGUAUACAUUCCUUUGGCAAAGGUGCUCGAUCUCUGGGGUCGUGCUGAAGGCUUUCUCAUCAUGGCUCUUUUCGCUACUCUCGGCUUGAUUCUGAUGGCUGCCUGUAAUAACCUCCCCACUUUCUGCGCUGCUUAUGUGUUCUAUAGCAUUGGCUUUGGUGGUAUGACAUUCUGCGUGGAUGUCAUCACUGCUGACUCGUCCAAAUUGAAAAACCGAGGUUUGGCUUACGCUUUCACAUCCUCUCCUUAUAUUAUUACGGCAUUCGCUGGUGCCAAGGCAUCAGAGGGCUUCUACUACGACAUCAGCUGGCGCUGGGGUUUUGGCACUUUUGCUAUCGUCUUCCCGGUUGUAGCCGCUCCUUUGUACUUUAUCUUGAAGUAUAAUCUGCGUAAGGCUGAAAAGCAAGGUGUUGUGAAGAAAGAGCCGAGCGGACGAACGUUUUUGCAGAGCGUCUGGCAUUUCAUCAUCGAAUUCGAUAUUCUUGGAGUUAUCAUCUUCUCAGCUGGCCUCACGGUGUUUCUCCUUCCAUUCAAUAUCGCCGAUGCCGCUCCUUAUGGCUGGUCAACUGCUUAUAUCAUCGCCAUGAUCGUCGUCGGCUUCGUUAUGCUCAUCAUCUUUAUUGUCUUUGAAAAGUUUGUCGCCCCUGUGCCGUUGAUCAACUUCAAGUUAAUAUCCGAUCGAACUGUCAUCGGCGCAUGUUUGUUGAAUGCAACAUAUCAGAUCUCGUACUACUGCUGGUACAAUUACUUUUCAUCCUUUUUGCAAGUGGUCAACAAUCUGACGCUGGCCGAGGCAGGAUAUGUCGGUAACACCUUUGACGUUGUCUCUGGUGUGCUUUUGCUGAUAGUCGGCUUCUUGAUUCGCAAGACCGGUCGUUUCAAGUGGCUUUUGUACAUUGCUGUUCCACUGUACAUUUUCGCACAAGGAUUGAUGAUUUACUUCCGCCGUCCCAACCAAUCUGUUGGCUACCUUGUCAUGUGCCAGGUCUUCAUCUCUAUCGGUGGAGCUAUCUUUAUCAUUGUCGAGCAGCUCGCUAUCUUGGCCGCCGUCGACCAUCAACAUAUCGCUGCAGCUCUUGGUGUAUUGUACGUCGUCGGCACAUGUGCCAAUGCCAUCGGCGCCACAAUUUGUGGUGCCAUUUGGAGUAAUGUCUUCGAACCCGCACUUAUAAUGUACCUCCCCGAAUCUGCCCUAUCAAACUUGGACAUGAUCUAUGAGGACCUAGAAACUCAGUUGAGCUAUGAAGUCGGAAGUCCCGAGAGACUGGGAAUCCAGGAAGCGUACGGCUACGCGCAGACGAGAAUGCUUGCUGUUGGAACCGGUAUUAUGGGCCUGGCUAUAGUUUGGACCAUUAUGAUCAGAAACAUAAACCUCACCAAGGUUGCCCAAGUUAAGGGUAUGGUCUUCUAAGGAGUGCCGAACGUUCAAAUUUUUGGAAGCGACUGUCUAUUCCGAUAUUUGGAUAUCGAUAUAAAUACAUUUACCCAUGUUCCGUCGAACCCAUCGUUAUGUAACUUUAAAUAUAUUCUAAUUAACUAUUUUAUGUAUAAAUUAAUUAUAUGUGACGGUACUCAUAGUAGCAGUACUUUAACUUUAUUAAAAUAAGUUGAAC